CGAUUCUUCUCUAGCCAUGGACUCUCCUGUUGAAAACGGACGAACGAUGAAGCUGUCGUCGCCCACACGUCGACGUCGGAAGGGGAAACUGCACCUGUCUGCGAUUGACAUACUCACGAGGAGAUUAUUGAUAGCAGCAAGCAGGACUGGGAAUGGCGGAGAUGCAUAUUUCUUUGUGUAAGUGCAUCGGCAUCAUACGGAUUACAACACAAAUGAAUUGAGAUUCUGUUUUGUCCUGGAAUUGUCUAACAAGAUUUUUCCCUGCUCCUCUCUAACAAAAUUAGUAAGGAUUUGUUUGGAGGAGAAGAUGUCGAGGUUGUCCCCACUAGUACAGUGGCGUUUCGAGAUAGAAUGGUGCACCCUGGGACAAUAGAUAUUCUUGUCCGAUUGGCUAGCGUUACGAUCAAAUGUCAUCAGAGUUUCGAUAUUUACCCUAAAUCUCUGAUCGGGGAAACCGAGCCGUUGAUACAGUUUCAUACCACCACUACGGAAAUCAUUUCAUUGCAAGAAAUUCGUGCCGACGAGAACGAUAGUCAUGCACAAGAGUACACUGUGGACGAUCGCACGAGUGUCGAUGGCGACAACGGGGACGAUGCAGAAAGGCCUCCGUUGAUGGUGAUUAGAGAGCACAAAACCGACCGAACGGGUUGGAGGGUUAUUUCUAUACGACCUGCUAUGUACGAGAAGAUUGAAACCUGGAAUACACCCAGCUAGAAGGACUACGUACUCUGUCUCAUUCCAAAUAAGAGAAAUCGUUUGCC